CGCCAGCCUCCAACGUGUCCUCGCCUCCGUCCUCUGCACAUCUGUAAACCCUUUGCCCUAAAGGUUUCCUUAUCCUAGACCGGCAGGCUCCGCUGGUCUUGUCUAGACAACCGCAGCGCGCACUAAUCAGCCCCACAAGCCCAGUGCUUCGUGCCAGCGUGCUCUCGUUUCUAGUACCCAUUCACCCCCGACUCGACGUCAGGGCUCAGUAGUUCUGAGACCUACAUCUUGAUACACCCUCCAACUCGUCUGCCCAGUCGCAGCACGCCCUUACUUUCCACACACCCCAAGUUCCGACAGGCAUAGGAACUCGCAUUCCCUACAUCGAUUUCCCCUUUUCACAUUCACAGCCUUCUUCGACACCUCUGAUCAUGGCCUCCCUUCGUCCCCCGUCCAGCCCCUCGCCCUCUCCUCUCAACACGGAGAACGGUCGCGCUGAUGCCCGUGCCUCCCUGGGUGCGCGCCAGACUCUUGCGCCGUCUUCGCCCCGCCCUGGAGGAAUUCGCCCCACCAGCGAGCUCUUGGGCAGCGCGACUGCGUUCCAGACUCCAGAGUCUGAGGCGAUCGACCAGUGGUUCGAGAACCUCCAGAACUACGAGGACACUCUCGAAGAUAUGGCCGCUGCUUCAAUGGACGUCAAUUUCAAAGAAGAGCUUAGUGCUAUUGAGCAAUGGUUUAAAGUACUUUCCGAGGCGGAGCGCACAGCCGCUCUUUACAGCCUCCUGCAACAAUCUACCCAAGUUCAAAUCCGCUUCUUCAUCACUGUCUUGCAGCAGAUGGCUAGGUCAGAUCCUAUGACUGCGUUGCUCAGUCCCGCUGUUGGAGGAUCCAUGCAAGGCCAGAUGGAGGCUAAGCUUGCCCAGAUGAGCCUCAAGUCACCUGGCCUUCAGUCGAAGAUGCCUUCUUCGCCUCGCGUGUUCAGUGGAGGCCAGAACAGGCAGUCGCUGGCACUCGACAACAACUCCAACUACCUCUCCCCUGACUCUGCCGCGGUUGGCGGCGAUGCGGCAGCUACUCUCGCCCAACAGCGUGCGAAACUAAAGGCCAGUAACGCCGCGCAUCGCAUCUCUGCACCGAUCCUUGCUUCUAGCGGUGAAGGUCGCUCUGCAUGGGGCUCUGCGCUGAGUCAAGUCGCGGAGAACAAUCCGAACUCGCCUGCUCAGGAGAUCGUUAUCCCCAGCGGGAGCAGCAGCGCUAGGCCCAAGAGUACCGAGUUCAGCGGCUCUCUUGGCUCAGGCCGCACCGGUGCUGAUGGUCUCUCCCCUAUGGUUGGCGACAGCUGGGCGAGCAAUGUCAAUACGCCUCUGAUCCCUAUGUUCAACAAGGACGCUCAAUCUCAACAAAACUUGGACGCUGCAGCGCAGAAACUCAGUGACUGGAACCAGCCCCCUCGUGUUCCUCUCAUGGCGGAUCCCAAGACCUUCCGCCGUGCCUCAAAGGGCAGCACCACCGGUGGAUCCGACAAUGGUCGUCCCUCAGGAAACAGCAACGUGCACGACGACGGUAACAACCAACAGGCGCAACGCAGGAACGUUGGACAAGGCAGCAACGGACAAACCGGCGCAUGGAAUGCCCCUGCGCGGAGCCCUGGGCUUCCUCCGAACAGGUUCGGUGGGGACGAUGCAAACGGCCUCAAUGGCCUGGGCAUGGGCGGCUUCAGCAUGAACGGGCUAAGCAGCCCCGGUAUUGGGAUGGGCAUGCCGCCGAGCGCAGGUCUUCUGGCGGGCAUGAACCCGAUGCAGAUGAACAUGUUGAACCUGCAGGCGCAGAUGAACGCGAUGGGUCUCCAGGGCAUGACGCCCGAGGCGCAGAUGCUCGCUGCGCAGAUGGCGGCUGGCUUCCAGUCGCCCGGUGGAUGGAUGGGCAUGCAGAACGGCCUGAACAGUGCGGGCGCCAACCGCGGUCGCGGGGCCGGAGGCGGCGGAGGCCGGUCGCCCGGCAUGCCGAAGUCGGCAACAGGCAGCAGCUCGGGGGCCGGCGCGAAGAAGGAUGAGGAAGACUUCGAUCCGUCGCUCCUGGGCGACAUCCCCGCGUGGCUGCGGAGCCUGAGGCUGCACAAGUACACGCCCAACUUCGAGCACAUGAACUGGAAGGACGUUGUCGCUCUCGAUGAUGCUGGGCUUGAAGCCAAGGGCGUGGCAGCCCUCGGAGCGAGGAGGAAGAUGCUGAAGACGUUCGAGGUCGUCAGGAAGAAGAUGGGCGUAGAGGACGGCAGCGAGGGUCCUAGGGAGGCUUAAACCAAAACGGUGCCGCAAGUGUCGCUCUUGUUGGCUAUGGAACGGAUACAUAAUUUGCAUGAUACUUUUGUAUGUCUGUACAUGUGUUCCUCUUCUCUUUCUCAAUCUUGUCUGGUUUGGUUUGUUCGCUUUCGGUUCUUUGAACAGUUAUCACAACUCACUUACUCUUCAUGUUCUGGGCCGUCAGACUACAUAGUUCUUUUCGAUGUUCUGAUUGUCAUGUAGCGUAUAAAUGUAUUAUUCCCUCUGGACGUUCGACGGC